GUUAUCAUUUAGAUAUUGUUAAUCUUUACAAUUAACUUGAUUGUUAGAAAAAGAUUAUUGAUCAAAAAUGAAUUUAAAAUUGUCUUUGUGUGUUUACUUGUUAUUAGUUUAAUCCUUUACUCCCAAGCUCAAUCUGAUUCACAAUCAGAAUCUGGAGGCGGCGGCGGUUCCGGUGGUCCACCCUCUGGCUCUGGUGGUGGUGGUGGUGGAUCGGGUGGUCCACCUCAACGUCCAGGAGGUAUGAGUAGUGGUGGCGGUGGUUCUGAUGGUGGAUCCGGAGGAGGAUCAGGAGGCGGUAAUGGUCAACAGUCAAUGGGAAGUGGCGGUGGAUCAGGUGGACAAAACUCUGGACAAUCAUCUAGACCCUCAGGAAAUUCAGGGUCGAGCUCAAGUUCUGGUUCAUCUAAUCAAAAUGGCGGAAAACGAGGUGGACGAGGCCGAGGCCGAAGUGGUGGACGGAGUAACAGCCGAAAUCGAGGUUCUAACAACAAUGGAGGCAAUUCAAUCUAAUGAUAAUCUUAACGAACAAUCAAUCGGAUUUAUCACCUAACAAUUAACUUGCUCUCGUUAACAAAUAGUCCUCAAAAUUAAAGCUCUGUUAAAUUGAUUAAACUUUUUCUGAUCAUUAUCAACAAAAACUUAGAUACAAAUUGAUUAGAUUUUUUUUAUCAUUUAA